AUGGUGGGUUCACCCGGCUCUCCGCCCUCGGGGCCUCCAGCUGCCUGCCACGCCAGAAGGACGCGCGGCCAGAGCUGGGACCUCCGCCCUCCCCCGCGGCGCCAGUCUUUGGAAUCUGGCGUCGCCCCCACCUCGCCCGUCAAAGCUGGGGCCCCGCAACGCUGGGCCCCGCCGCCAUACCCAGGCCGCAUGGGGCUAAUCGUUGACGAAAGUGAAAAUAUUGGCAGGCAGUUUGACCAGUCAAAGAAGGCAUCGGUGAGCGCGGGCCGCCACUCGCGCAAGGGCAGAUGGGUUUUGGAGUUCUCGAAGCAUCUGCUGAAAGAUCUGGAGCAGAAGAAGGUGGCUACUCCGAACCAGACCAACUGUAAUACAGAGUCACCAGCAGCCCUGGAGGAGGCCAAGACCCGUGGUGCUCCUGGGAGCCCCCAAACAGCCCCCACUCCCGACCCUGGUAGUUCCCUGCCCCUGACACCCCCGAGAGAGUGCCCCUCAGAGGAAGAAGAUCCGACUGGGGCUGGCAGUGGCCUGGGCUGUAGGGGCUCCCGGACCCAGAGCCCAGGGGGCAGCUCUGCCGAAGCCCCAUUGGGCCGGAGGAAGCCCCGCAGGAGGCCUUCCAAGCGCAAACGCCACCGGCGGCCCUACCUGGAGCUGAGCUGGGCCGAGAAGCAGCGGCGGGAUGAGAGGCAGGGCCGGAGGGCCUCCCGGGUCCGCGAGGAGAUCAAAGGCCAGCCCGUGGCGCCCUACAACACCACCCAGUUUCUGAUGAACGGCCGCGCCCCUGAGGAGCCCAACCUGGAGGUGCCCCACGGGGCCUACCCCCCCCCCCCCCCGGGCUCCAGCCCGGAGGGCGACGGGCGCUGCCGGGCUCACGGCGAGUUCCAGCAGACGGAUUUCUCCGAGGCCUACGAGCGCUACCACACGGAGAGCCUGCAGGGCCGCAGCAAGCGGGAGCUGGGUCGGGACUACCUGGACCUGGAGAGGCGGCUGUCGCAGGCCGAGGAGGAGACCCGGAGGCUGCAGCAGCUGCGGGGGUGCGCCGGCCGGCAGCCCCGCCGCCGGGCGGAGGAGCUGACCGCUGAGGUCGAGAGGCUCCGGACCGAGAACCAGCGCUUGCGGCAGGAGAACGCCCUGUGGAACCGAGGCGGCGGCCCCUAAGGGGGACCCGACCCCUCAGCCAGGAUGCCCCGAGGACCAGGUCCCAUUUCAUCACGCGCUCAGGCCGGCUGCCGCUCGGGGAGGCAGGUGACAGAUGAAAACCACUGCCAGCACCCCUGUGCCCCCUGAGAACUGGGAAAGUAGGUUCAGCCUUCCACCUCGUCAUUUCCCUAAUUUGUUCUUUGAUGUCUUAUUUUUCACAAAGAAAUUAAAUGAUAUUCA